AUGACGGCCUUGCGCUUCAGUCGCUCGUCGCCAUCGCUGCUCCUCCGGGCCUCGCCUCCCUCUCCGCGACCACCGCUGCCUUCACGCGACUCUGACGACUCGGGCGUAGCCUUCAACGACGACGCUUCCGUCUGUCUCGAGCGGAAGCCCUCAUCCUUCUUCGAACGCACGCUCAAGCGCUCCUUCAGCAAGUCAAGCAAGAUGCAGACGUUCGCCACGAAGCUCAAGAGCGGCCUAGCGUACCACCACCCGCGCUCGCCCAGCAAGCGACCCUCCGACGACCGCCUGUCGGCCGAUCCCACGCAGCGCGCCGACUCGACCUCGAACCUGAGCGAGACGAGUGUCUCGAGCAACACCUCGCGCGAUGCUCUGUCCUCCUUCAUGCGCAGACGUCCCAACGACCGUCGUCCAGCCACGCGCGAGGGCAUUGUGCCGGCACCGAGCAGCUCGGUGUCCAGUCCAGGCGUGUCGCACAUCGAGCAGACGCGCUCGCGUCCGCAGCGCAGCCACACGCUCACGGGUACCAGCUCGCCCGUCGCCCCGCCGGCGGCGCAGCUUGCACCAGAGAUCGAGCUACCCAAGAGUCGCACGAGCACCAGCUGGCAGGCGAGCUCGCCCGAGCCCGUCUCCGGCUUGCCGGCCGCGUACUGGCCUGCCAGUCCGGACUCGUUCGCGUCGUCUGACGGCGCCGAGCCAGUGCUCGAGUACGCCACGUCGUACAUGAUGAGCGAGUACGACUACAACGAUGCACCUGAUGCUCGGCCUGCAACGCUCUAUCGCGCUGAGGAGCGCCGCCUCGGCGAGGCGUUUGGCUCUGCCAUCACCCGCCGCGUCGGCCCCGCCGUCGAGAGCUGGCGCGACGGCACAUUUGGCGAGGUGCCGCCGGGCCUGCUGGACGAGCCCGGUAUGUCGUACUACGGCUCGGGCUGUCUUAUACUCGACGCCAUCGCCAUGGACCAAGACGACGAAGACGCGACGCUCGUCGACUCGCUCGAGUGGGACCGCGAGACGCGCGCCAAGCAGAUGCGCAAUGCCGAGCACUUCCCAGUUGUGGGAGGUCUUGCGCCUCCGCCGUGGCAGCGCAAGCGAGCCAUCAGGCCGUCUACGAAGCUCGACUCGAAGGACUCGGCGCUAACGGCCCGCACGGGUGCGCUGCUUCACGCUUCUCCACCGGUGGCGCUUGCGAAGCUGUCGCCACCGGAAGACGAGAAGCCAAGCCCGGUGCCCGAGAAGAGCGACAGCGCUGCAGCAACGUCGCCGAUGGCACCUUCGCCGCUGGCGCUACCGCCGUCGCUUGCCAGCGAGCCAGAGAGCAUCAGCACAAGUCAGGAGACAGCGAUGCCGAGUCCGCCGACGCAAGCUAUGCAGCCGAUGGCACUCUCGCUGCCCUCGUGGCCGCAGAACGUCAAGGACCAUCUGACGAGCAGCUCGACGGGUGAAAGCCUGAUGGAGCGCAUCAGCAAGCUGCGCAGCGAGCGGCAGGAAGAGCGUCGGCGUCUCGAGCGUGGCCGACGGUCCAUCGAGACUCGCAGCCCCACGGAAUCGCUCAGUCGCACGUCGACACCUGCUACGCCCUCCGGCGCCACACGUGCCGCCUCGCCGGAAGACCGCAAGGCAACGGCCGAGGCCACGGCGCAGGACCUCGUCGAGCGUCUGCACCGCGUCAACGAUACCAUUCGCGCGGCCUGCUCGGCGAUGGCCGAGAUUGCGCUGAUGCGCAAGCACCCCGACGGCACGCCGCCGUAUCUUGAGCAGGCCCGCUCAGCACGUCUGCCGGUUCACCUCGAGCGCUCGGCUGUUCUACGCGCCGUCAAGGCCGAGGAGCGCCUGCGCGAGCUGCCGCUGGAUCCACUGCUCGCGCAUCUGGUCGUCACCUUCUUCAGCGAAGAGCUGUGCCUCCGAAGCAAGCGCGACUCGGGCAACAUGUCUGCCCACGCACGCGCGCAGAAACUUGGCGCUCUCAUCUCGACGCUGCAGCUGCAGCUCACCAAGCUUUUCUUCUGGGCUGGUCUGACGAUGCGGGCAUCGGACGGCAGCACCUUCGUCGCGAAAGGCUAUGGACGCCUCCGAGCAGCUGCCGACGACCUCACGUCGCUCGUCGAUGCAGCCCGCUCCAGCGGCCUCGAGGUACGCACUUGGUCGCGUGACGAGCACGGCGUGCCCUCGACUCGCCCACCGGCGCCCUACGAAGCCCGCCUGUACCUCGGUCUCGGCCUCGUCAACUCGCCCAAGGCGCAGCUGGGCCCCGGCACCGCUCGCACGCUCGUCGAGUGCGAAGUCGUGGACAUCAGCCGUCUGGCUGCCGAGAGGCAGUCGCACGACAAGGCCAAAAAGACGAAGUGA